AUGAAUACUUUUAUUGUUAUUAUCAUUGUUUUAAUAAUUGUGGCAAUAUUAAUUGUCAACCUUGGCAAUGGAAAUUCUCCAUUAGACCUAUAUGAGUGGCUAUUUGGCUCAGGUCAAGGCUAUCAAAUUGUGAGAACACAAAAUCCUCAAAAUCGACAGAGAUUAGCACCAGUUUUUAUCAACAAUGAUGAGAAACAAUUCAAUGUAGGCUUCAGUCCCCGCAGUAAUGGCUUCGAAGAGCAAAAUUUAAUUUUACAAAAAUCCAAAUUAAAUAGGAUAUAUCAAAAUACAUUACCAGUACAAACAAAUACUCAGACAGUACCACAAUCUCAAUCAAAAUUCCCAGAUAUAUCAAAAGAAAAAGGCGGAUUUUCAUAUCUCCCACAUACAAUGCAAGUACCAUUAGAACCAGAUCCAGAACCAGUCAUCAUAGUUAUUGAUGAACCACCACCAGCUGCAGCGCCAAAGCCAGAAAAGAUUUAUACAGGAAGAGCUUAUGAUUGGGAUAUUUCUUCCGAUGAAGAACCACCAAAACCUGCUCCACAACCAAAGAAGAGUCCAUUUGAGCAAAAACCUAGACCACAGUACAAUAAACCGGCCCCAGAACAACAAAAUCGACAAGCCAAAACAGAAAAUACAGAAAGGAAGCCAAAUUCAAACUACCGUGGUGGAAGAACAUCAAGCAACUACAGAGGAAGAGGCCGAGGAACUAAUAGAUUCAUUAAAAGCGGAAGAACAGCAAAACCAGAAACUAGAGCCAAACAAGAAUAA